AUGUUAAGAAUAACAUUAUUGAUUCCUUAUUGUACAAGAGUUGUAAUAUUCACAUUUAUCAAUGAAACACAUAAGGCCAUCUUCAACCGAUGGCUGGCCAUCCUCCUAAAUUUGCCGCUUGGUCUGCAGAACAAGGACCAAAAAGUACAAAUAUGUACCCUCCGACGUGUUGCCGAACAUUCUUUCCAGGCUGCCUGUGAAAUCUCUGAACCCUGGUAUGAUCUCAUCGAAGACCCGAAUUUCGCCACCCAACACCUCCAUCACUCCAAAAGCGUGAAUCAGCAUUGUCUCCUUCAGAAAGAAGGUAUACGUAAUAGUCAUGUCUCCAUCAAUGGUCAUCUCUCGGUCUUUUAUGAAAUUUUGGGUCCUUGCAAUGGAAUCUACUGCUUCAUAAGGCCUGAUGACGAAUUCGAUUUGGAUCUUAUUGCACUGGCAAAUGUUUCACUCAGAGAAUUCAAGGUUGUUUCAGACUUCUGCAUCUUGCAUCCUCACGCCCAACGCCAACGCGUCAAUCAACGGGGAUUUGGUUUUGGUCGUAAAACCAAUGACUACAAGUUGGUUUUAAUUCUCAGUUACGCAGAUGGAGAAACAGGGAUCGAAUUCAAUCAUAAUCGUAAGGAGGUUGUGUAUAGCUUGCGUUAA